UGCAAGAUUUUUCCCGGCCAGGAGGUUCGAACACAAUGUAAAGAGAGGGAAAGACCUGAUCUUGACUUGAAUUUUACUUUCAUAUUUUUGGCUUCCACUUCUUUAUGGAUUUAUGGUGACUCAAAGAGCGGUAGACAGCGGGGUAGUGCGGGGUGGGGGUGGGGUGGGGAAGGGAGUAAUUUCCGUUCGUCACUCUUUCGUGUCCUGCUCCCCCACCCUCCGCCCCCCUCUAUAGUAACUGUUGAUUCCAGGGGGUGUUUUGCGUAUUGAAAAUCCCGGUAGCGGUGCGAGUGAUCAGUGAUCCUAAUCUGGAUCAUCUUGUAGAAACGUUCCCUAUAGUAUUUAUAUAUAGGAUUUACAGACUGCUCCGGGUACAAUUUGGAGAACUUCCCAUCACCAUUUUGAAAGAAAUGAGAAGAAAUUUGACACAAGCUUAAUCUGACGUUUUUUGAUCCCAUGGCAACCGGGGAUUCCCCUUCUCAUGUCCAAAUAUAGUUCCAGACUUUCUCGUCCACUUGGACAUGAUGAAGUAAACAAAAUGGCGACUGGGGGAGACGAGGACGCCGCUUAUUCCUCUUUUACCGACUCUUUCCCUUCCAGUUCGUCGUCAUUCUCAAGUAGGUCUGUUUCAGAAUCUUACAGCAGCUGUGGACUCACAAGUGGUUCUGAAGGUGACACGCAGUCGUUUGCAGACGAAGGAAUAUACGGCUGGAUCUGUUCUUUGAUAGAAAAAGGGAAAGUCGCUCGAUUUAUAAAUCGCCAAGUGGGAAUUUACGAGCUGGACUGGCAAGAUGUUGUCUGGAAAUACUGGUUUGAAUUUCGAGAUCCAAAACGUACCAAAAACGUCAAGUUUAAUCAUAGAACGGCGAGCAAUAAUUUAAGAGCUGCUCUGUUAAAUUCCUACAAAGACAAAGGUGCUGAAGAAUAUCCAGAAAAGAAGGUGUUGGAUAGAAGAAAUAAGACGAUCAAACGCAGCUUUAGAAUGCCGUCAACUGUGAUCGAGAAACUAUCAAAUUGCACGGGACCAGAUAAAACUGCUAGUACUAAAGUUGGUUUGAAGACCUCAGUGCACGUGGGAGGAGAGCCAUUUUCACCAGAUUUGCUCACAACAGAGCAACCUAAUGAAGAAGCUGCGUAUAAUUCAGCACGCUCCCGUUUGGUCUCUCCCAUAAACUUCAGUUCCCUCAGUGUUGAUAUAGAGGAAUCAGAUCAACUCAUCAAUUUCAUGCUCUUUAAUGAACAACGUCAUGGAGAUGAUCCGAGUUCAUUGAUGAGUGAUCAGGAUUUGAUGCAGUCCUCAUCAUCCGAUUGGACGGCAGCAAGCCGAUAUGAUGCAGGGUCAUCGGGAUAUGAAAGUGCAGAAGAAAAUCUGAUAAAAGAGAUGGAUCCAAAUGAAGGCCCAUACCAGGUUUGCUAUGUUUUAAUGAAUAGGGAACCCAUUUGGAAUGAUACAAUUUUAAUUUAAAAAUCACUUAUGUAAAUACUUAAGGACGGUGCAUACUAAAUACAAAGGUUUUUGCGCCAGGUUAGGACCAUGCAGAAAAAGUAGAUCUUUGCAAGGGCUAU